AAAAAACAAAAAAAAAUUCCAGUUUAUUUAAUUACUUAUUUUUGGGCCGAGUGCAGUUGCGGUUCCUACCUUUUGUUGGGCCCAGAGUCUGGUUUCCGUUUUCUGAGUAGAUUGGGUUUACUCAUGCUUUGUAGUUAUAGCCCAAAAAUAGCUGGGCUCGACGACUCAACGGGCCCGAACUUGGAGGGCAGCGAAACGACAUCGUUUACCAAACUAAGUAGAAUUACCGGCAGUUCGUAUUCUACCAUCGCAUCAGAGCUUCAGAACCGCAGUGAGACUGCGAAGGAGAAACCCGGGAAAGCAGACGAAACCCUAACCCUCAAUUACGAUUUUCUUCCUGCUAUGGAAGGCGAAGACGAUUCCUCGAAUCCAAUGAUGGAGGAAAUUUACGCCAACGGUGGCGACGACCUGUCGUCGUCAACUCGUAAGAGCCGGCCAAUUAUAAGUAGCGAGCAACUAGACAUUGAGGCGUACGCUGGGCUGUACUCGGGGCGAACUAAGAUCAUGCGGCUGAUGUUUAUUGCUGACCACUGCGACAAUCCGGCGAUGCAGAUGGAGGCCCUUAGGAUGGCGUAUGAUGAGAUCAAAAAGGGGGAGAACACGCUGCUGUUCCGGGAAGUUGUGAAGAAGAUCGACGGUAGAUUGGGUCCUAACUACGACAUGGACAACGUGUGGUGUGAUGCCAUUGAUCGGAAGGCGGAGCAGAGGAAAGAGAAGCUGGAGAGCGAACUCAAUUCCUAUAGGACAAAUUUGAUCAAAGAAAGUAUAAGAAUGGGAUACAAUGAUUUUGGAGAGUUCUACUAUGCUCAUGGUGCCCUAGGGGAGGCCUUUAAAAGUUAUGUCCGGACUCGAGAUUACUGCACUACAUCAAAGCAUAUUAUUCAAAUGUGUUCGAGUGCAAUUCUGGUUAGCAUUGAGAUGGGUCAGUUCACUCAUGUAACAAGUUAUGUCAACAAGGCGGAGCAAACACCUGAGUCCCUUGAACCUUCAAUUCUCCCAAAACUACGUUGUGCUGCAGGAUUGUCUUACUUGGAAGCUAAAAAGUACAAGCUUGCAGCUCGUAAGUUCUUGGAAGUGGGUCAAGAGUUGGGAAAUUCAUACAGUGACGUCAUUGCACCUCAAGAUGUUGCAACUUAUGGAGGACUUUGUGCACUUGCAAGCUUCGAUAGGACAGAACUCAAGAACAAAGUUAUAGACAAUAUCAAUUUCCGGAACUUUUUGGAGUUGGUUCCUGAAGUAAGGGAGCUUAUUAAUGAUUUUUACUCUAGCCAUUAUGCUUCUUGUCUCGAAUAUCUUGGAAAUCUCAAACAAAACCUACUGCUUGACAUCCAUUUACAUGACCACGUUGGGAUGCUCUAUGAUCAAAUACGAAAUAAAGCUCUCAUCCAAUACACACUUCCAUUUGUGUCUGUUGAUCUGCGAAUGAUGGCUGAUGCUUUCAAAACAAGCAUUGCAGGGCUAGAGAAAGAGCUUGAAGCCUUGAUUACUGACAACCAGAUACAGGCUCGAAUUGACUCCCACAACAAAAUUCUUUAUGCUCGACAUGCAGAUCAGAGGAAUGCAACAUUCCAGCGGGUUCUGCAGACUGGCAGUGAAUUUGAUCAGGAUGUUAGGUCCACGCUUCUUAGAAAAAAUCUUCUUAAGCAUGAGUACAAUCUUAAGGCUUCUAGGAAACUUUGAAUUCUUGAAAAUGCCACCAUGUAGCAUGACCGAGGAUGCCUGGAUAAGGUUUACUGCAUAUAUGGGCCCAGAGCAGGCUGGCUGGAAGGAUGACCAUUGCAUGUUGAGAAUUUCAGGAUACAUCCAUUUUUUUUUUUUUUGUUGUAUAUACCAUAUACCCAAAUUGAUCUCAUGAGUUAAAAUCAUCUCUUUUCAUUUACUUUUUCAUCAUCUUCUUUUGCCUCAAUUACCUACUUUAGGUUCGACAUGUGUCAAGGGGAUACCACUUUUGC